UGAGCGCUGGGAGGCGACAGCGAGUCCCUGGCGCUGGAUCCGCUCGGGGAAAGCGAACGAGACUUUUACCUUUUCUCUCUUUCCCCGUCUUUACCCACCAUGCUGUGGACGCCGCUGCCUGCGGAGGAGAAGCGGCAGCUCAGCCCGACGCCUUUCUCCUGAGGAGAUGAGGGAGGCGCGGCCGGGCCGGAGCUAGCGCGACCCGCGCCUCUUCCCCGUCCUUCCCUCUCCCGCGUCCCCGACCACCAUGAGGGAAGAGAGGGAAGCUGCAGCCGCGGCCGCCUCCCACCACGGACUCGGCAAAGCCCCGCAGCUCUGCCAGCAGCCGGACGGCGGCGGGGCGGCUGCCCCCCUGGCGCUCCCCGGCAGCGGCAGCCCGGAGAGCCUGCGGAACGGCUACGUGAAGAGCUGCGCGACCCCCCUGAGGCAGGACCCCCCGAAGAGCUUCCUCUCUCUGCUGCUGUUCCCUACCACCGCCGCUGCCUCCUACUCCUCCCGGGCUCUGCUCAGCCUAGGCGCCCUGGCCGCCGUUGUCCUCUCGCUCCUGGCCUUUCACGGCCGGGGCAGCGCCGGGAGCCAGCUGGACGGGAGCAGCUGGCGGAGCCCCCGGUUGCUGCACGCCUUCCUGUGCCUGUCCCGCUGCCUCAGCCCCCUCUUCAGCAUCGCCUGUGCCUUCUUCUUCCUCACCUGCUACCUGGUCGGUGGCAGGCGCGGGGAGCACGGCGGCGGCACGACCCGCUGGUGGCUGCUGGCCCUUCCCGUCUGCAGCUACCUGGGGGACUUUGUGGCGCUGCAGUGGCUGCUGCCCGCAGAGGGGCACGAAGAGGAGUCCCAGCCGCUCGCCGAGCCGCAGAUGGUCCUAGGCAGGCUCCUGACAGUGCUGACCUCGGUGGCAGCGCUGACCUUGCUGCAGAGCUCCCUGAAGUUGCGUCGGAGGCUCCUCGUCUUGGUCUUCUCGAGCGUGGUGUGGCUGGUCUCCCUCACUGGCCUUCACUCGCUCCCCCCAGCCGUCAGACCGCUGCUGGCCAGCUCGGUCGGGGUGGCAGGCUGCCUUCUGGCACUCCGUGGCGGGGAGCGCGGCAUCUUCUCGGCUCAGAGCCGAGAAGCGCACCACCAGCAUCACCACCACCCACGGCUCCCCAGCGUGGAGGAAAAAGUGCCUGUGAUCAAACCCAGGAGAUCUAGCUGCGUAUCCUUAGGGGAAACAUCGGCCAGCUACUAUGGCAGCUGCAAAAUGUUUAGGAGACCAUCGUUGCCUUGCAUUUCCAGAGAGCAGAUGAUACUUUGGGAUUGGGAUUUAAAGCAAUGGUACAAGCCCUAUUACCAGAAUGCUGGCAGUGGAAAUGGAGUUGAUCUUUCAGUACUAAAUGAGGCUCGGAGUAUCCUAACAGACCUCCUGACUGACACUUCCCUUCCACCACAAGUGAUUUCUUCUCUUCGAAGCAUUAAUAGUUUGAUUAGUGCUUUCUCAGGCACGUGCAGGCCAAAGGCUAGUCCGUUUGCACCAUUUCCUGGUUUCUUCCCCUGUCCUGAAAUAGAGGAUCCUACUGAAAAAGGAGAUCGAAAGCUGCUCAAGGGUUUAAACAGCAGGAAUAGCCUGCCAACGCCACAGCUGAGACGAACUUCAGGAGUUUCUGGCAUUCCACCUGUAGAAUCAACAUCUUCGAGAUGGGAACGGAGUAACAGCAAGAGAUCUCAUCAGGAAUAUAACACAUCAAGCCAAGGAUCUCAUUCAAAUGGGUCUUUUGGUGCAAACUUGCUGACAAUACCAAAACAAAGAUCAUCUUCUAUAACAUUGGCUCAUCAUAUAGGUCCCAGACGAGCAGGUUCUUCUUCUGGCCUCAGUCCUGUGGGUUCACCUAGUCAUGGAUCUGUCUCCAGUGGGGCUUUCAGCAGCUGGUCACCUGUAGAAUUUCCUGAUACUGCUGAUUUUCUUACAAAACCAAGCAUUAAUAUACAUAGGCCUCCAGGACACACACUUAAUCCUUCAGAUUUUCAGCAACAAGCUAAAGCAUCUCUAGGUUAUAUGUGUAGCAGCUGUGGACGUCAGAUACUCAAGCCUGUUCCAACACCAGAACCAGAAUUGGAAGAAUAUAAAGAAAGAAAAUCAGGUGAAAUUGGAAGUGCUAAUGUUUCAAAGGAGUCUUUCCACCAGACAGAGAAGAAAAUAGAUGAAAGGAAGGAAAUGGUCGAUCAAACACAAAAUAAUCUGCUUGUGGAGCAGAGUCCUACAUUAGAAGCAAUGUCAUUAGAACAUGAUUCACUAAUGGAGAAGAUGAACAACUGGAAUUUCCAAAUUUUUGACCUUGUACAAGAGAUGGGAGACCAGUCUGGAAGAAUCCUUAGCCAGGUAACUUACACCUUGUUUCAAGACACUGGUUUGUUUGAAAUCUUCAAAAUCCCAACUCAAGAAUUCAUGAAUUACUUCCGUGCACUAGAAAAUGGCUACCGAGAUAUCCCCUAUCACAAUCGUAUACAUGCCACAGAUGUUCUUCAUGCAGUAUGGUAUCUGACAACACGACCCAUUCCUGGAUUUCAGCAAAUUCAAAAUGAGCAUCUCAUGGAAAGUGAUUUGGAUGAAGCCAGUGGUAUUGCCCCUGUUCAAGUCAGCUAUAUUUCUUCAAAGAGUUGUUCUAUUGUUGAUGACAGUUAUGGUUGUCUAGCAUCAAACAUUCCUGCUUUGGAACUGAUGGCUUUGUAUGUAGCAGCUGCCAUGCAUGAUUAUGAUCAUCCUGGUCGGACAAAUGCUUUUCUAGUGGCUACUAAUGCACCUCAGGCUGUUCUCUACAAUGACAGAUCAGUCUUAGAAAAUCAUCAUGCUGCCUCUGCCUGGAAUCUGUUCUUAUCACGACCAGAAUACAACUUUUUAUCAAAUCUUGAUCAUGUAGAAUUCAAACGUUUUCGUUUCUUAGUGAUUGAAGCAAUCCUUGCCACAGAUCUCAAGAAGCAUUUUGAUUUCCUUGCAGAAUUCAAUGCCAAGGUCAAUGAUAUCAACAGUCAUGGUAUAGAGUGGAGCAAUGAAAAUGAUCGCCUACUGGCCUGUCAAAUAUGCAUCAAACUGGCAGAUAUUAAUGGCCCAGCAAAAGUUAGAGAGCUGCAUCUGAAAUGGACAGAAGGCAUUGUUAAUGAAUUUUAUGAACAGGGUGAUGAAGAAGCAAGUCUUGGAUUACCUAUAAGCCCCUUCAUGGAUCGUUCUUCUCCACAGCUUGCAAAACUGCAAGAAUCUUUCAUCACUCACAUAGUUGGCCCCCUUUGUAAUUCCUAUAAUGCAGCUGGGUUGCUUCCAGGACGAUGGGUUGAUGCAGAAGAGGAGGAUGCAGAAAGUACUGAUGAUGAUGAUGGAGCACAGUUAGAAAGUGAUGAUGAAGAAAUGGAAGAUGAUCUCAUUCUAAAAGCUCAAAGAAAAAAAGGUAGACGAAUAUUUUGCCAGCUAAUACACCAUCUCAGUGAAAAUCACAAAAUAUGGAAGAAAGUGAUUGAAGAAGAAGAAAAAAACAAAGCUGAAGGAGCUAAACUGCUGACUGAAAUCUCAUCUUUACCUCAAGCAGACGAAAUUCAGGUUAUUGAGGAAGCUGAUGAAGAAGAUGAACGACAACUGGGAGAAGACAAGACAUGCUAAGAAGACUUCAGUGGUGUCCAGUGUGAUGAUAGCCUAUUUUUUUCUCACUGUGCUGACUUUAGCCUGACACAGUUCACGUGAAGUUGAAAGGCCUUAAUACUGUGAGAGGAUUCUUUCUACUCUAGUGGAAUCCCACUCCUAUGCACUUUCGCCACACAGAAUAUGAAACUUUAUUCAAAGAUUGAGUAUUGUAUAACCUGAUGCAAAAUUCUUUAUGCCUCAGUUGAUAUAAAAUACCCUGAUACAAUGCUGCCUUGCUGAAUAUGGGACUCUUGUUUUCUUUGAGGUACCUGCAGUUUUUAAAAACAUCCAGUAACUUCAAUUACCAAAGUGGCAAGAACUUUUGCUAACAAGGAAAUAUGGGAUGAAUCCUAAUAUUGUCUUGAGUCGUUUAUUUCAUGUUGUUUUUGAACAUGAAUGAGAAAAAGUCUGUGCCUAUAUGAAAACUACGUUACUGUUGCAGUGCAAGCCUGUUGUGGGGUGUCUACUUAGUGCAGUAGUGUGCUUAAUGUAGUCAUCUCAGAGCAACUGUUCAAGGACUGUGACAUAAAUGCUGAAUCCUGAUAUUUGUGGUUUAAAAAAGAAAAAAAGAUCCAGGUGCAUCUAUUUUUUAUUAUUAUGCAUAAUCUGAUGUUUUAUUUUUGCAGAAAAUAUUCAGGUUUGCAGUGGGUGUUCAUGAUAAAUAAUUGAGUACAAGGCCAUUAUCAUCUGUUGCCUUGCUGUUUUGUGGUAGAACAUUAAAAAAACUGUUCAGCUACUUAAAUUAUUAAGGAAUUUUAUUCUUUUAGUUAUAAUGCUAUAUUUCCUGCCCUUACUCAGGUUCCUGUUUAAAAACAAGUCAACCACAUCAUAGAUUUUUAUCUUACACCAAUUUCCGGUAUUAAAUUUUAAGAAAAUAAGUUUGUAUUUCCUUUAUUCUUUGUAUGUAAAAAUUUAGGAGAAUUAAAAAUAUUUUUUGUUUGUUUACAAAAAAAAGACACAAAAUACUGUUUCAAAACGGCUAGUGUAUUUUACUAUGCCCCUGAUCUUCUCUCCCAUCGUAGACAUAACAUAUUGGCUUCAAGUUUGAUGUACAUCCAGAAAUAUACAUAUGGAAAGCAGAAAGUGAAGACUUCAUGUAAAGCCUAAUAAUAAGAUAAACAUCACUGUACUAUUACACAUUUUAGAUUGUUGAGUUUUUAAGUAAGAAGCUUAGACAUUAGACACAAACGUAUUUUUAGGAACACUACCAUUGUAGGUCUAAUAGAAAAAAAGUAAAAGGAGCAUAAAUUAGGCCACAGGUAUCUAAGCAGGCCACAAAUAAAACCAAUUUUAAAAGUGCACCUUUCAGUGCUAAAUAUUUUUAUGUGGUGCAGUUGAAUUAAAUAGAAACAAAUGCACACUUGUGCAAGUUGCUAAAUGUAGCAUAUUUGUGUUUACAUUUACAUCAGUUGACUUGAAAAAAGGUAACAUUCCUAAGACAACCUUGUGUAAAUUGUAUUGCACUAUUUUACACAAACAAAUUUUUAUUCUGCUCUUUGAUUGGCCAGUUUAAAUAACUGAGAGGAUUUCUUUUUUUUAUUUUCCUUCUUAGAAGCUAUUUGUUGAUCCAUUUAGAUAACCACUGAGAAGUGCUUUUGCUAUUUUAUAUAUAUUCAGUGCCAAAUCCCAAUUUGCUGCCAUUAUUACUAUCACUGCAAUUUUUGUAACAUGAGCAGUGAGAUAUUUCUGUCAUUAAUAAAUGUUGCACUGUUGAAGCUGGCACUUACUGAUCAUUCACUUCUAUUUUACAUUUCUUGUUCAUAUAUUUUCCUACCAGAUAAUUUGAAGACUACAGAAAUUAUGCUUGUUUUAGUAUGCUGUCACAGCUUUUUGUGUUUAGCCUAUGUGUUUGUACAUAAAAAAAAGUCACUUCACUUUAAUACUGUUCAGUUUCAUUUUUGCUUUGACUGAAAACAGGUGCAAAUGAGCUUGUCCAAAGUUACUGUUAUUUUACAUACCAGUUUUCCAUUUAGUUUCCUUCAAAAACUAUAAUUAAAAACUAAUACAAAGAAAGAAUAAGAAGGUAAAACCAACAUUUUAUCUUUUGCUAAAGCAUUGACAGCAUUUAUAUCUGGUGAAAACAUUGCCAGCAAUUUUCUCAUGUCAGGUUUCCUUUAAACUUUAGAAAUACUGAAGUAAUUUUUGAAUUCAGAAACAAGUAACAUACCUCAGUGUUUAAUAAACUAUAAUGCUAACUUGUAUUUCCUAUUAGACAUUUUCAAGUUACAAUAGCUUGCUUCAAAGCUAUGGUUAAUUAUGAAUGUAUUAAAAAUCCAGCUUAAAAUGUCUGUUAUGUAUACAUGAUAUGUGACACUUUAAGAGCAAGGGUAAAAGGAUGCACAAAUGCCAUCAAAGGUUAGUUCAGAGCAUGUUUGCAGAAGUGGAUGCAAUUGUAACUGAAGGUGUCAGUCUUUCAAAAAUGGCGAUGGAGGGUCAUUUGAGUGUUAAAGCUGAUGUCACCAUUAGUGUAACUCCAUAUAAGGCACAUCACUCUUAUUCUGGUAACAACCUACGGAGAAAUUACAACCAAUUUAAAUCUGUGAUCAUACUCCAAUGGACAGCUACCAAGGAGCACAGAAAAGCACACAGAAGAACAUGCUUAAAAUGCUUCUAAAGAAACACUUCCACUUUUUUUUUUGGUCCAGAAGUAGGCCAAGUUGGACUACAUUGAAAUUUGUGCUGCUACAGUAGAUACACCUUUUAUGGGUAAAUUCUCAGGUUUAAGUAAAGUCUUCAGCCCCUUUCCUAUCCAGACUCUCCCAUCUCCUCAUUGCCUUCUUUUAUAAUGUAUGUUGAAUGACCUGUUCCUAUGCAUACAGAACUAGACCAAAAAGUUUCCUGUAAAGAUCCAAUUCCCUCUAUGCCUCUGGAGACCUCUGGAUGUUGUGGUGGUGCUAAACUAGUCAACAGGAACUACUCACUCUUUCUGUGAGUUUGCCCUUCAUGACAAAGUUAGAUGGUGAGCCUAAGAUUCAAAAUGAAAGGACUGGUGUAACAUUACUUAAGGUAAGUCCAAGUUUGUGCAAGACCUGAUUUUCUCUGUGCAUAGAACCAUUUCUUCUCUGUGCUUCUUGAGGUCAAUUUUAACCACAAACAGUGGCAGGCUAAUCAACAAAGGGAGUUAUGAGAAUUUAAGAGCUCACUUUUAACUCUGGUGGUUCCUCUUGGGGAGGCAUAGCUGAGGCUGGGCUUCUUGUCCUUCUAAAAGUAUACACAGAAUUUGAGGUGAUCUAGUGUGUGGCACCGACGUUUGCAGGGCAGUACUUUCCCUUUGGUCCAAGAAAUAAUUGAGUUUUGAGAGGUGCAGAUUUGGAAGGGUCUCAUGCUGGUGAAUGUGAGAUCAGGAAUCUCAGUCUGUGAGGUGUGUUUUGGAGUAGAAGGGUAAAAUUUAGAUGAUGAGAAUUAGAACAAUUAGGAAUGGCAUUCACAGACACAAAAAAUGUAUGUCCUUAUGCAGAAGAGAGACACUUUUUAUUGCUUCAAGCCAGUUUGUCAUCUUCAAAAGAAUAUGGAAACAGGACAUCUUUGGUAAGUCAGAAUAUCUGGAUUGGUAGAAAUGAAAUAAAAACCAAAAUGAAAUUGUACUACUAAUAAUGAUACAAUUAUAAUAACUUAUGUUGUGAUGCAAGUUUAAGAAACUAGAUUUUCCUAUGGCGAAAUAAAUAUUAGAUGAAAGGAGAUAAAUAUACAAAGUUGACUAAAGGGUGUACAAAAAGUAUGAUCAAGGUACCGUUUCAAUUUGCUUUUUGUCCCUUCUGACUUUCUUCAGAAUUGUGUUUCUGGACAACUUUGUUCUUCAUGUGUGUGUUAAGGCAAAUUGAGCUAAUGAAUCACUUCCAUUUUUUGCAUUGAAGAAAUUUCCUUUUGUUAUCUUCUGAAGCCUAUAACUUGCCAUAGAAUCACACUGCAGAUACUCAGAAACGACUGCUAACUGGUCCCUAUCUGAUUUUAAUUUCACAGGGCCAUAAGCAAUUACUAAUUUUGUCCUCUGCUGAAUGAGGAAAAAUAAUGUCUGAAAUUUCAGAGUACACAGGAAAUAAAACUUAUGAACUAAGAUGCUGUUGAAUGAA